GCAAAGCGACGGACGGAAGAUGAUUUGUGCUGGUGCUGCACCUCUCGCCCACAAGUUUCUGUGAAUUUGUUUCUGUUUUUUUGGCCGUCACUUGGUUUGCGCGUAUCCUGCUCUUUCGGUCAUUGGUAAUUCAGACUGUGUGAAAUUAAAAUGGAUUUCUCGAGGAUUCUGCAGCUUACUGUCUGCCUUUACGCGGCCGGUACCUUGGCGCUCUGGGAUCCUAUGGAAGUCGGCGAGGACCAAUGCGACAUCGCUAUACGAGAGAUCGUUAACGAAGAUCGGGCUACCAUUGUGGAUGAGUCUGCGACGAGGCUCCACGCUGUUUGGAUAUCCCAAGAAUGUGAAAUCCGUGUCGGACCAGAAUUUGUAAUUCGCAAGUACAUAUUCUUCGAGAAUGGUACCUUCGUAUUAAUGAGGCAUUACUACGCAGAGGAGUCAUGCAGCAUUGCGACGCAUACUGUGACGGCUCGCGGUGUCAUUAAACUUCACGACAACUCGCUCAAUACGCCUGGUGCCACUGAAGCCAGAUACCAUCUCGACACAGUACACGUAUCGCCGCUUAAUCGACAGGUCGCUCACAAACUAGGUCAUCGCGUAAACGUAUCCUGUGGACCCCAACCCCGUUGGAGACCCUACGUCGCACAACUGAUUUACGAGCGAGCACCAGAACGGUUCUGGCAAGGUCCCCGUUACAAUUCCCUUCAAGGACAGUCUGCAGUCAGUAGUGGUAUACACAGUGGUAUUCUUCGCAGCAAGACAGUCAAUUGCCUAGCACCACUUGGCAUCGACUUCGAUGAACUGAAACUCCUACGGGUGCAGAGAAAACCUACUGGUUUUAGGUCAGCUAAGUUUGGCGCCGCUGACAAGACAAGGGUUGAACUUUAUCUUGGUGCUUUGCCACAGGACCAAGCGUCCAAGCGAUCACAUAGACCGAGUUCGCUUCAACCUAUAGCUCUUCUUAGAACUGAUACGAUUCACAACUGUCCAAUCUGUGGCGCAAUAUCUCGUGGCACCGAAAAUAGUCCUCCUCUCCUUCACGAAGUAGUCGCUUUACCCGCAAUCCUCGGUGGUUCAUGGAUAAGUACAUCAUGCGAAAGUCACCCAGGUGGUGUUUUCCUUCGGCGUCAAUUACGCGUAUAUGGAGGUGACAAGUUAUGGACAGGACGUUGGGAUUUCUUUAACGACCCACGUUGCGUGAAUUUCCUCUACAGCAUCACAGCUGCAGGAAGUUACGUUCAACGUGCACGUCGUCACCGUCGUCAUGACUCUUCGUUCGGUGACAACGCAGGCGAAGACUUUAUCACCGCUCAGUUAAUGUCGAGAGACAAAAGAAGUACCGAGAAGAAGAGCAAGAAGGCUCACGAGAUAACCAAGAAAAUUUUCAACAAGAAAGAAACGCCAAGGCCGAAGCGAGAAUUGGAUGAGAUAGAUUAUUACCGACACUUGCUGCACAGUGCGCAGCCGUCUAUGGCCGACUCGUUCGCACAAAUGUUGCGUGGAAACCAACGACGCGAGCACACGACUAAGAGACCUUUGCAGUCUCCAACGCCGACUGGCACUACUGAGCUUGACUUACACGUAGCUGAGAGUCUGUUGAUUAUCGGCGACGCUAGCACAGCGCGGCGAUGCGGAGCUGUUUUGGUUGAAGGUUCGAAAGUUCCAAGACUCUCGAGCUGGCCAUCUGGUUGCGUGCCACACUCGUUAGAUUCGCCGUCGACUCUUGGUCUUCGUGCAAGAAUCAGUGUCGAUUGGUACGGUCAAUACACGCUACUUUUGGGUGGCAAGGACAAGGGACUUUGGGAUGCACCCCUAAUGCAGUGUGGACCGACUAGCAUGAAAAAUCCAUUGCUACGCUCGCAUCUACGCAGAAGUGUGGGUCUUCGAUUCGGCAUUCUCUUCAACAAGGCAAACGUGACUGGACUUAGUUUUAGUGUCGUUGCUGUGUGUCAAGUUUUGCUUUUGUGGUUCGCUGUUUACGUUUCUCGAUAAGUUCAAUGACUGUGCAGACUGUAAUUAAUUUUUUCUUUGAUAGGUGAACGUUAUAUUGAGCCUUUGAUGUUGCUUACGUUAUUAUACGAAACAGAUCCAAAUAUUGCAAAAAUCCUUUAAGUUAUUACUUCGUGGAAACUGUUUUCCUAUCAGGUGUUUACUCAUAUUUUAAAACUGAGAUUAAAAUUUAACAUAAUGAUUCUAAAUAGAAAAUAAAAAAAUAUUAGCUCAUAAACCUUCGUGAAAAAGAAAAAACAAAGGAUUUAUAGCACUACGUAGCUUAACUAAGCACUUAAGUAACGUAUAUCCGUGACUUGAGCAGUUCUUUUCUGCACCUUACUUAGAAGUCCUAAUCACUCGAGUUACGGUGCAAAACUGACCGGUCUGCAGUCACAGAAAGAUGAACUGUAAGUGCUGAUUUAAGAUCGUCAGUACUAUAUUAUGUACGGUAUUUGUGACGGCGCGAUUAUCGCCCUCGCUCGUGCUCAGCCGAUAAUAUCACGUCGUGCAACGAUGGGCUACUUCAGUCACACGUAUCGUAAUAUACUAUUAAUAGUUGCCGUAUCACGUCGACUUUAGAUCAAAGGAGAUGCGCCGAAAAAGAAAAAAGCUUGUUACCAACGAGGCACUUUCACGCAUUAACGAAUCCGACUGUUGUUGAUGAUCGCGCGAGCGCGAUGAUUUCUCGAGAGAGAGACGGAAAAAAAAAGCUAAUAUAUUUCCUUGAUCAGAGGCGCAGAGAUCGAGCGAACGUUGUAAAUAUGUAAAUAGCAGUAGCAAGUAUAGCAGUAGAUGGAGAGAGAGAGAAAGCGCGUAGAUUAGAACUAGUUUUUAAAACCAGAAACCCCAAAAUCAGGGACGAACGAUCCACCAGUGAUGUUUCAGGCUUCAAGCGAGAGUGGAGAACGAGCAAGAAAAAAAAACAUGAAGAGAGAGAGAGAGAGAGAGGCGGGCGCCUCGGCGGCAACUUUGAUCCGCUUGUGGACCUCUCUGUCUGUCUCUCUCUCUCUCUCUCUCUCUCUCUCUCUCUCUCUCUCUCUCUCUCUCUCUCUCUCCGACUCUUGUGUGCGCUUGUAAAUACCGAAUAUUACGUCGCCGCGUGCGCGCAAGGAGCAAAAAAUAUAUGUAGAGGGGAGAGGAUGGGCUUAUGUGUAUCGAAAUCAACCGAUCGAUGAUUCGUCUUCGUUCAGUGACCUUUCUGAAAACGUGCUUAGAUAAAGUACGUAAGGUGCGGCUCACAUUUUAAGAUUAUUUCAUGUCGUUGCGGCCUUUUUAGACUUUUAAGAAACGAACGAACGCGAAAGUUUUAUUUCCUCAGCGUCGUACGGGAUGAGCGAAUCCAGUGAUUAUAGAUAAUAGAACCUUACCAAACUACUUCUAAUUCUUUUAUUGUUCAAAUUUUUCAAUUGGAAAUGGUACUGUAUUGAAUAUUUCUUAUUUGUAAUAUGACAAAAACAAACAAUUUGUAAUAAAAAAAUUGAUAUGUAUCUGAUCAUAAAUAUGCCUGUGUCGCAGAUACGUGUUUUUUUUUUGUAUUUACGAUCGAACGUGAAUGGAAUAAGAAUGUAAAUGAAAGUAAUUGUUGAAUUUAUUUUGCGUAUAAAGCUUAUCAGUAAGGAGACUAAUAAAAAUGUAUGUUUUAUAUUCGUAUAUGCGUAAGCAAGCAUCAAAAGUUGGCGCCACAACAGAUAACUAAUCAGGCAGUGUGUAAAUUGAUAUAACUGUAAAAAAAGUCAGCCCACACGUUGAGCUCGAAUCCUAUCAUCAUUUCCGUGUAUAAUAGUUUGUAAAUAACGAAAAUCAUCAUUACGUACUAUACCUUAAGUUUUCAUCUGUACAUACAAUUAUUGUCUAUAUUUAAGACUUCGAUAAUGUUUUUUUUCACUUCAUUCACUUAUGUAUUUACUUGAAAUAUUUAAAAAAAAUAUUGA